AUGACAUCUCUGAAACUGUUUAAUAUUCCAUUUGAUAAAGCGAUAGGAUUGAUUGGAAAUGUCCAUAUUCUUCUCAUCGUUUCUGUUGUUUUUUCCGUUGCUUUCGACUUCCACAAUGUCGGAUCUUCGAAAAUUUCUCUGGAUCUUUAUUCAGUAGUAGUUUCAAUCCAUUCGUUAAUGUUUCUUUUUUAUCAGAUUAUUCAUCUUCUUAUCGGACGUAUGUUUCUUAACUGUGUCAACCCUAGUAAUUAUGGAUUUUUGUUUUUGAUCGAGAGUAUUCAAGCCUACUUCACAGUCCUCUAUUUUCAUAAUCCUUUCAUUGAGAAUCAUUGGAAAUCGUCGGGAAUGUUUUUGGAAAAAUUGAAAUAUACAGUAAUCGCCCAAACCUACUCUGUCUAUAUUUUCCUUUUUCUUUCUUUAAUAACUUGUAUAUUUCUCUUGUUCAGUGAUGACGAAAUCAGCCGGAAACCCAAGCAACCAGAAUUGAGCAGUGUUCUGGGAAUGUCAUUUGAAAAGUGUGAAUCUGUAAUUUAUUGGUUGAGCUUCUUCAGUUUCAUCCCAACUCUGAUAGCUCUUCUAGCUGAUUGUCUUCUGGUUCUUAAUGUCUCGUACUUCACUAAGCCAUCACAUGAAAUAGUUGUAGUAUUUAUGAAUUACGUGGUUAUGGUAAUGUAUCAGGUAUAUAUCCUUUAUAAGGAUAGUAUCAAAUACGAAUGUGUUUUUAAUACAACACUUGCUCAGUCCUUUGCAAUUCCCGUUCUCUUCAUUUCUCUACUUUUCAAUAGUUUGGUUUAUUAUCUGAUCAAAUAUCGAAGUAGUCCUAACGCGGAAAGUAAAUCGAAUGAAAAUGGAUGUGUUCACGUCACGAAGAAGAAAAGAAAGAAUCGCAAGAAGAGAUGA